UUCUAUUGAUAAUGAUAAGGUGGUAGCUACUUAUGGCGUUGUAGGAGUCGAUUGAUUUAUUUUUACAUUAUAUAUGUAAUAGUUUUACUUCAUGACGCUAAUCUCGUACGAGAUUUCAGCAUUUAAUUUAGUUAUAAAACUUUAGGAAUCGUGGAAUGCUCGUUGUGAUCCUUCUUUAGUAGCGAAAAUUUCUUUGUUUUAUUUUGUCCAACAUAUGUUGGACUACUUCUGUUCGUUGCAAAUUACGCGUAACAAAUUAGUGAAUACGCACAAAAUGAUUUCCACACACAAUUGUGAUAAUGUAGAGCCCAACCGUUGUAAGGGAACCAGAAGUCAUUCGGCUCAAGGUCUGGCUAGUUCCGUGUGUAGUCCUGCAAUGAAGAUACCGUUACCGCCCCGUCCAUGGAUUACAGAUGCCGAAGACGAUUCAUCAGAUGAUAUAGACGGUGUCAUAAGGGAAGAGGGUAUGAUACCAAUGGAGCGAACCAGGAUGAGGUCCCGAUAUCGCCACUACAAACAAAGACAGACAAACAUACCUAUCGGUAUAUUCUGGGAUAUCGAGAAUUGCCAGAUACCGCGAGGAUGUUCCGCCAUAGAAUUAGUGGCUGCAAUCAGAUCUAAGUUUGUAAGAGAUGGGAGGAGAGAAGCCGACUUUGUUGUUGUCUGUGAUGUACGUAAGGAAGCCUCGUCAAGACUAUUAGAACUUAAUGACGCUCAAGUCAGCUUAAUACAUGUCUGUAGGACACAAAAGAACGCAUCUGAUGAUAAACUUAGGCAGUGUAUGAGGAGGUUCGGUGAUCUCCAUUCAUCACCUGCCGCCAUUCUAUUGAUCUCAGGAGAUAUUGACUUUGCUGCGGAUUUAUCCGACUUUAGAUACAGGAAAAACAUGGAAGUGAUAUUGGUGCACAAAAAGAACACGUCGGCAGCUUUAAUUGCAUGUGCCUCGUCUCAUUACUGUUUUGAUGAGAUCGCUUCAACUCUACCUAGAAAGGUUUCAAAAUGUGAAGAUGAAAUGUCGUGUGAGGUGGAAGUGACGAACUUGCCCAUCUACCAGCCGACAGAUCUCGUUUCGAAUCGACUUCGACACCUGGCCAAGAAGUGCGGCGGUAAGGUUGUUCACGUGACCGCGCCGACCGCACUUCUGAGGUUCACUACGCCGGACCAUGCUUCUAGAGCUUUAAUGCGAAUGGAUGGGGAGGAUGUGUACGGGCGCAAGAUCGGCACUCGUUACGUUCGCAGCGCGGUCGCCCCGACCUACUCCAGUGAUGAGGGGUACAGCACCGCGCCGGCCUCGUACCAACAACCCUCCUUCAUACCGCCGCCGCCUCAAGUUUGUUCAUCACCGAACGAAGUGUCAACGUUUGGAGGGACGCAGAGUAUAUCGAAGGAGUGGGCGAUGGCCCUGCAGCAGCUGCCCGCGCCCACGCCGCCGCCGCACGACUUCUGCCCUCCGCCCGCACCAAAACCGCGGAAGAUCAGGGGCACCCACGGUUCAGUAAACCUGGACCGGUCCGGGUGUUCGUCCAGCAACAGCGGCGAGGGCCGCCACCGCGAGCACAGCGCCAGCCGCGCGGUGUCGCCUUGGAACUCCUCCGCCAGCUUCAGCGAGCACAGCGAGACUGAAGAGUCUAACGCUGAGCUCACUGUGUCCAACCUACCGCCCUAUGAUUCGACGGUUUUACAGGAAAUGCUGACACAGCUGUUCAACCAAUACGUUCAGACGGUCCGCGUGUCUGUGUGGGCGGCUGGCGAGGGCCCCUUGGCAACUGUGGUAUUGCGUUCAGAAUGGGACGCGAGGUUAGCUAUCGCCCGCAUCCACAAACGUCGCCUGGACAACCAGUGGACAGGUCGCCGCCUCGAACUGUCUCUAGGCAAACCUUCACCGGCACCAAACCUCGAUGUUUUGCGAGCCCGACUCAGGGCAAUACUCCUCGAUCAAAAGAACCACACUCUACCACUACUUAGAUUAAGGGAUGCUUACGCCAGCCGCCACUGCUGCGCACUCACUACUUCGGAUAUUGCUAAACUCAAAGACACUGUCGUCAUUCAAGAGGGGUUCGGCAGAAUGGUUCAGCUUGUCGACUUAACCCCGGUCACUAAUUCUGAUAUGGAAGAGGCACCAUGGAAGUGCCACGUGCAUGCGUCCAUGAACACUGGACAGGAAGAUGGCAGCCGAAUUCUGCAACCCGUUUAUAUGGAGAUCUCAACUUUGGCCAAAAAUGUACAUAUAUUGUUGGAUAAUCAUAGGGGAAUUUUACCUUUGUUAAGUUUCGUCGAAUGCUACGAGUCUCGUUUCGACGCGCUCGUCGUAGACACUCGCCGCGGCGUAGCACUAGAGCUGUUGCUACGCAGCGUAGAGGGGUUGGAGGUGCGCGAUGCUCCCUCUAGACAUCUUACUUGGAAGAACGCGCCUAUUGUUCUUACGCCUCCUCUAAUGAAUACUGCUAAUAGCGAGAGUUCUCGGUCAAGCGGCGACAGAGACCGUCCCCGCACCGCGCCCGCUCUCGAACCGAUGCUCGCUCUGUUUGAGCGGGAGCUCACCGACCUGCUGCGUACUGCGCCACGAUGCUCCAUACCUUUCAGCAAGCUGAUACCCGCCUUCCACCACCACUUCGGUCGUCAGUGUCGCGUUGCAGAUUACGGCUUUACCAAACUGCCGGAUCUGCUUGCCGCACUUAGUAAUGCUAUUGUGGUUCUCGGUUCAGGAUCAUCACGCAUCAUAACCAUUUCGGCAUCAGCUCAAGGCCGUCGUUGGACUUCGGACCUCGUCAAACUGCUCAAGGCCCAGCCAGGGCGCACAGUUCAGUUGCAUGACAUCGCACACCUUUACCAAGCGACCUUCAGCCGUACAUUCUCGCCCGUCGACUAUGGAGUUUGCACUCUUGGGGAGCUGAUGCAACGCGUCAACCCUCAAGCGGUCUCCGUCAGUGCAGAUGGAACCAUCUCGCUGCCAAGGCAUACACCGACCCCCGAAGAAAGGGCACGCACACGACAGUUCGCUUUACAGGCCAUCGAGCUCCUGCGCACUACCCCGAACCUGCGCAUGGAGUUCGCUCGCUUCGUGCCCGCGUACCACGCUCACUUCGGGCGCCAGCUGCGCGUCGCUCACUACGGCUGCGUCAAGCUGGCCGAGCUUUUCGAGCUUAUCCCCGAGGCCGUGUCUGUGUGCGGGGAAAUGGGCGGCGAGCGUAGCGUCCGCCUGGCCCCGCGACCAGCCCGGCCGGCAGUCGCACACCGACUGCGCGCGCUGCCCGCGCUGCCGCUGCAGGACCUCGCCGCACACUACGCACAUCACUUUGGAGCCCCGCCACAGCCGGACAUGCUAGAGGCUGAGUCGUUGGAGGGUUUGGUAUACGCUGCAGGCGGUUGCGUAGAGAACGGCGUGGUAGUACCACCGGGCGGUUCCCCCGCUUGGGCCGCGUCACUGUUGGCGGCUUGCGCGGUACUGUGCAGUGACCGGAGCGUGGCCCGCGGGUCCACGUUCGAGUACUUCGCGGCGGCGUACCGGCGGCUGCGCGGCGCCGAGCCCGAGCUGCGGCGGCUGGCGGCGGCCGGCGUGCUGCAGGCGGCCGGCCAGCGCCUGCUGCUGGCGCCGGCCUGGCGCGCGCUCUGGCGCCUGGCGCAGCUGCUGGCCGAGCGCGCCUCGCCCGCCACUGCUGAAGAGUUGUUCGUGGAGUACGCUCGCCGCUAUGAGCCACUGUUCCCGGGAGUCGAUCCAAGUGCAGAGGGAGUUGCGGACUUCCUCCGUCAGUACAUGGAGAUAUUCUCGGUCACCCCGGCGGGCCGCUGGUCGCUGUCGGCCGGCGUGGUGGUCCCGCGCUGCCGGGACCUGGCCCAGGGUCCCGCUCACGAGGACUACUCUGUGCAUGAUACGCCGCCCGGACAAAAGGGUUCCCGAGUAUUUGAAUCGCCAAAGACUAAUAUUUGGUGUUCCCCACCGGCUAGUGCAUUGCCAACACCAACCGCUUUGCUCUCCCACGAGAACCGACGUCGUAUCCGCUUGGCGGCUCACUUCGACGGUUCGUAAUCCCACCGCGUCGUAUAGAAGAUGCAUUCCUUUAUAUUUUUGAGGUAGGUUAAUAUAACUCGUGUUCCAAACGCGACACCUGAACUAUGGAGUGAUGUGAAUCAGGGUCGCAACGAAUUUUAACUAUUAGACUUGAUGUAAGUGUCCAAUAAAUUGUGAUGUCUGUAACAAUAAUAUUUUAGAUGUUUAUAUUUUUAUGUGUUUAUCUAGAUUAAGAAAUCUUAUGGUGCAUUCGUCAAAUGUUUUAAGUGCCGAUUUUAAAACUAAAUACCCAAUGUCUUGUACAAUGUAAAGGUAAGUCUUAAGAAUCAUCUUGACAGAAAUCUUCUUCAAUUUUAUCUUAGUGUACGGAUUCUUUUGUUUUUAUUUUAAUUGACUAUCGCAAUUUUAUAAGCAUCUUGAGUCAUUUUCGUGUUGUGCGGUUUUAGUCUUUCACUGUUACUUGUAGAACUUGUCAUAAAAUUGUUUAGAAAUUAUGAGCAACUGUAACCUACAUAAAUCCUAUGCAAUUUUAUAAGUUUUUUUUAUCUUUUGACAUUUUUAUGUAUAUUUUUUUUAGUUUUUAUUUUCUCAGCUCUUCACGUAACAAAGGACUGAAACAAGCUUCAAAUGAUAUUUUAAGGUACUAAUAAGUUUACAAAACUUACAGUUUCUUAUCUACGGUAUAAAUUUAAGUAGAUAAUGAUACUGCCAUGAAUACGAUAAAAACAAUAAACACUAAAGUGUACAUAUCAUUGAUUUGAGGCUCAAAAUAUGUUAAGAAUAGUUGCUAAGUUUUAUUACAUAAACAAUUCGCGCACUUGUAACAUUUCUCGAAUGCCCACUUAAAGUACAAUGAUCGUAAAUAUGUUGAUUCUUGUCCUAGAGUUUAAUCUUCUAAUAUAUUUCGGCCACAAAUCUAUUUGCAUGUAACUUGCUUCUUCAAAAUAUCUUCUAAAGUUUAUUGUACAGGCGAUAUAUAAGUUCACGUUGUUAGGUAUAUCACAUUCGAAUUUAUAUAAUUUUAGAUAACGUUUACAUUCACCGUAAGGUCCUACAAUGAGUUACGUAAUAAACUAAGCCAGUUAUUUGUUGAAUCUCACUGUGCGUACUGGCCUUAACGACGUGUCAAUUAAACGUUCAAAGGUUUUUAUAAGAGUAUUGAAUGAAUGUAGAUGUAGGUGAUAUUAUUGCUUUGAUAGAAUAUGCUCGUGCCUAAAGUGCGAUGAUGCUUUAAUUUAUGACAAUCGUUUUAUGUUUUGCUGCAAUUAAAUGUCUUAGUUCCACAUAGUAUUCAAAUGUUCCAUGUUUCGGAAAGACCCUGACUUAAGUUCCAUUUACAGUACAACCAUUAUUAUGUUAAGAUCUCAUUGUUUUCUGGUUUUUUUUGGCUUGUAAACACGCACAGAAAAUAAUGCUUUUAACUUAUUACGUUAUCAGCAAUGUUUGUAUGUUAUAGGUGAUUAAUGCCAAAGCACUAAUUUAACAUUAGCCUUACCAGGCCUGCACUUAAUAAUUAGGAUACGUGCUCACGCACAAAUGUUCGUAAUAUAAGUAAAACUUAUUUUGUAAAUGGGAAUUAAUUCCUUCUGUCUUUCUAACAUCCCAUACAGAUGUUUCACUAUUUUAUUGUACCUUUAUUUUAUUUUUGUAGAUCUAAAAGAAAUCUAAAAAUAAGAUUGGUGAGUCUGACAUAUGUUUUAAACGACGGCCAACUUACAAUUAGGAGGUAGUAAUAUUUUAUUUAGUUGAUACGAUUCGAAUUAAUAACUGUAUAGUAUUAUCAGAUUUAUUUAAAUGAAUAUUGAAAGUGAGAUGAGCUAAUGAUUGAAAAUUGUAAAUACACAUUUUGUGAUUUUAGUCUUUAUUCUUAGGCAUUACCACUGUGAUACUUCUGUACCAUUGAAUGCCAUAAAGGUCCAAAAAAGAUCCAAAAAGGUCCGCACUCAACUGAAUGUAUGUAAUCACAAAUAUUUUCUAGUACAGAAAGCCUUUUGUAAUCAUAAGUUGACUACAUAUUUUCGUAGGUAUGUAUAUAGUGUACAUAAUAUUUCGUUUUGAUUAUCAAAUUGGUACAAAGUAUGAACAUUUUAGUAAUAAAAUAUUAUACACGCAUUAUGUGGAACUAACGAUACUUAAUUGUGAAGUUAUUUACAGAUAAUUUGUUUUAUAUAUUUUAUGUAAGCCGGAUCUUGCAUAUUAAAGUAUAUUUUUUCAAUGCAAUUAAUUUUAUAUUGUUACACUGCCAGUCCGCAUUUACAUCAGUAUUGGCCAUCAGAUCUAUCUAUCAAAAUGAGAUAUUUUAAAUAAGAUUUUAUCUAUUAAUUUUAUGACCAACUAUAAUUGUCAUGUAAGUUCUGAAUGUGAUUGCGUUCAGAUGUAGCCAGAAUAAUGUCCAUCGUCAAAUAAAUGAUACUUAAGGUGUAUGAAUUAAUUACCAAGUUCUCUAAGACUGUAGUGAAGAUACGUUUAAGUACUUUAUAAGCUGUUGUUUUAUUUUCUGACCAAUAACUAUGUAUUUUGUAACAGUAAGAUAGAAUUAAGUACGCAUUCGAAGUUCAUUGUGGAAGACAUUUAAUAUUAUUUUUCCUACAUCUUCGUAAUUCUGUGAUUAUUUGUUAUAGUUCUAACUAGUGAAUCGAUGUAUUGGAAUUAGUCGUUUCAGUAUUGCAUGUAUGAUGAAUGUGUCGGAAAAUAAAUGUUAUUUUUUCAAUAAAUAUUUGUUUUUGCAAUAUAAUUAUCCUUCAGAA